AUGGGAAACACAAUCUCCUACACCAAAACCCCAGUCGACCUCCCCCUCGGCCCCAAAGGCACAAUCCGCGGCCUACAAUUCGACACCAAAUCCCGCCGCUACGCCGGAAUCCCCUACGCCCUCCCACCCACCGGCUCGCACCGCUGGCGCAAGCCGCGCCCCCUCCCACCAAACCACACCUACAGCAGCAAUCCCAACACCCCCUACGACGCAACGCAAUUCAAACCCAUCUGCCCGCAAAAGGCCUACCACGUCGGCGGGAGCGCCGAAGGCGGCAACGGCGCCUACAGCGAGGACUGCCUAUUCGUGAACAUCUGGACGCCUGUCCCAGACCCUUCGAGCCCCGACAAAAAAUGGCCCGUCAUGCUCUGGCUACAUGGGGGUUGGUUCCAGAUGGGCGACCCCAGCCAAGAAGCCGGCAUGGACCCGACGGAGCUGAUCGCGACGGGGAAGCUGGAUGCGAUCGUGGUUGCGAUCGGGUAUCGACUGAACGUGUUUGGGUUCCUUGCGGGCCCGGAUUUGUUAGAGGAUGAGGACGAGAAUGGGAUCUCGGCGGGGAACUUCGGGCUCUGGGAUCAGCGCCUUGCGGCGGAGUGGGUGUAUGAGAAUAUUGGGCUUUUUGGGGGAGAUCGGGAGAAUAUUACCCUUGCUGGACGGAGCGCUGGGGCGUAUAGUGUUGAGGCGCAGAUGUUGUAUGAGUUUCGGGGAGAUGGAGCUGGAGAAAGAACCGGUGGGCGAGCGCUGUAUAGGCGGUUCUUCAUGGAUUCGAAUGCCAUCCCCGCGCAGCCGAAAUCGUUGAGGGAUGCGAAGGAGCAGUUUGAUGAGCUCUGCUCGUACUUCAAUAUUGACUUGGGGAGCUCGAGUGCGGAGAAGCUUGCGAAAUUACGCCAGAAGACACCCCAGGAGCUUGUUGCUGCCAUUCCUAAUCUGAAGAACCAUACCUUCCGGCCUGUUACCGACGAUCUCUUUAUCCACCAGGGAAUGGCCGAGUAUCUCGCAAGCAAGGAGUUUGCCUCAGAGUUCAAGACGCGAAAAGCGCGGCUGUUGAUCGGCGAGGUCCUGAACGAGGAGACGCUAUACUCGACGUAUAACAGCCCAACGGAGCCCACGGUUGAAGCACUGCGCACGCAAAUCGGUAACUACUACGCACCCGACGUGACGGAGAGGGCAUUGCAGUGCUAUAAGCUGCCGGAGUCGAAGGAUCUGGACGAGUGGAAGAAGUUGUUUGGCCAAAUUAUAUCCGACGGCCAAGUCCGCGCCCCUUCUCGCGCUCUCGUCUCAAAUCUCGUCUCCAACGGCGUCGACUUGGCCGAUAUAUGGCGGUACCAGAUUGCCUACCGACUGUCGUUCAUCAAUGAAAAAGUAGCCCCGAUGUCCUUCGGCGUCGCGCAUGCCAUGGAUAAGCCUUUCUGGAACUUCUCAAUCUGCUACGGUCCGACAUCCGGAGAAAGGAAACUGAUGGAAGACUGGAUCGAGAAUCUCGUUGCGUUUGUGAAUGAUAAACAAGAGUUUGAGUUUGGGACGAAGACCGCGCAGGAGAUGAAGGUUGUUACGCCUGAAGGGAGGAUUGAGGUUAGGAGUGAUGAGCGGUGGGAGGAGUUGUUGAGGAUUGGGGAAAUGUUUGCUCAGUAG